UAACUGUUUGAAUAUCAAACAUGAUGAAAAAUACUUCAUUAAAUAAUAAGUAUACGCGUAAAUUUUGUUGGCUUCUCUAAUUAUGCAAUUUUUUUUCAGUCGAGUCUCGUUAGCAACAGGAAGAAUAAUCGAGUUUCUUGAAUAGACGCAUACAUGCAUAACGUAGAAUUCAAAUGAAAGGUCUCAUUGUUCGAUCGAGCUAUGAAUUCCGUGACGAUUAUCAUGGAAAAGUUCAUCGGCGGACAUCAAUGAUAUAAAAUUAAUUGCAAGAAACUGAACGCGAUACUCGAAGCAAAGGCUGCGAGGCUGUUUCUAAUCUUUUGAAACGUUGAGCAAAAUUGCCACAAAUAUCGUUGCAUUCUGACAAGUGGAUCACACCGAGGCGGCUUAUUCAAUUAAUACAAUGCCAUCGAUUUAAAUCAAAAGAAAGUCCGUUAAUUUGCUUGACUCAACCACAGUGUAGUUAACCUCUGUAUUGUAGCUGAUAAAAACGAAUUCGCCUCAAUUAACUGAUUCAGCCAAUUUCGGCUCACGCACUGUCGAUACACAGUCGAGCAAUGAUAUCACUCUCUGCGUGCGCUUUGUGCCUUUUAUUCAAACGAAGCGAAAAAUAAUCGUGAUAGGAAGAGCAGAUAAUGACGAACUCGUGACGACGAAUUAUUGUUUAAUUCAAGCUAGACGAUCGUAUCAUUAGCGAAAUUUUAUUUUUCUCUGGCGUCUGUUAUUUUGUGUCCAUUUAAUGCAUAUCGAUUAAUAACGAUACAAUAGGGGGAUAGAGCGUAGAAGAUAAAAUAUAGCCUUUGUUCGUACAUAUUGCGGCUCACGAGGAGAAAUUUUAUAUAUCUAAUUAGCGUUAAAAUUUAACACCGAAUAAUUUACUUGAAUCUCAGCUUCUACGAAUACAUUUACAGUAUUCUAUCAAUGUAAUUUUGAUAGUUGUGUUUCUUUACAGUGUUAAUGAUUCAUGUAACGCGUAUAAUUUAUUCAUAAAAGGUUUAUUUUAUUUUUCACUCGUAAAAUUAAAGCAGACGUGGAGAUUUUGUUAAUCCCACAAGUGCUUUCGGAGUUAGAAUAUUCAUUACGUUGCUUAUCAUCGGUCGUAAUUAUAGUGUAGCAAAGCCUUCGUUCGUUUCGUUGUUCGCGUGCAUGUGGCUGAUACUCAUAUCUAUUAACCUUUGUUUAGACGGAGUAACUAAGCUUUUUGUAUCCCCUGCUUUCAGUUCGUGCAAUCUUUGUAACGCGAUACUGACUGGGCCUUAUCUUGUACAAUCAGGGAACGUUACAAACGAAUUUCAACGGUGCGACAUCCACAAGGCGGAGAAUCAGUGCGGCGAGAAUGAAAGGUGCUUUCAAAGUACGAAGGACGAAGAGGGAGAGUGCAGAUGCGAGCUAGGUUACGAAUUUGCGAGAGGCCAGUGUGUCCAGCUUACAACUACCACGAUUACUAGCAUAACUGUCGAUCAACCAGAAGUCGAAGUCAAUUCAGGAGGUAGUUCCGUAGCCGCCGGUUUGUUAAUACCGACUUUCCUCAUAGUGAUGAGUGUGCUGCUGUAUUUCGUUGCAAGGCGAUACAAAUGGUUGCAACGGGUUCGACAUUUUCGUCCGAAUCAUUACGGCAAUGUCCUAGUCACAAGAGACGACGACGACGACGACGAUCCACCAAUACCGUAAGCAGGUGCCUAAUAACAAUUAAUACCGUGUACAAACGUGCGAAUGUUCUCAUUAAAAGCGCAAACUUUCGUACGCAGAAACGCUCAGUUACACAAUUUAUAAUUUAAAGCGACAAGCUUUGAGUUACCUUUACGAGGAUCACUUUACCGAAUAACCGCAAUAAAAAUUCUAUAUACCGGUUCACAUUCAAUUUCUUCGUCUUCUCUGGACAAGUUGCAAGAGAAUUUCGAUCGAUUUCUCUAUCGAUUUUCUACACGCAAUGCAGACAAUGCAUUUAAUUGCUUAUAUGUUUCUUCAUGUGAUGGUGUAAUUUCGAGGAUUUCGCUGAACAUUGAAUGAUACGCACGAAAGUUUUUUCUUGGAGCUUGUUACGCUUAGGGAACAAUGUUGUGUAACUCUGUGUAAAUAUAUGGAGCAAAGUUUAAAUACGAGGUAAAUAUGCAAGGCAAAAUAUCGUCGAACUGAAUUAAGAGGCUAAAUGUAAACGAGUGUUAGUGUAAGUAGGUGUAUUUUAUGCUGAUGUGCGAAACUUUCAUUUCUUUCACAUCAAUGUGCUAUUUACCAUGUACGUAUCUUGCGUUUACAUGGCAAAUACUUUUUAGAAAUGGUCUUACUGACAUCAUUAUUAAAAAUUACGUAAUAUUCACGUUACUGUUUUUUUUAAUAAUGGAUCGUAGAGAACAUUUGCAUAAAAAUACUGUUACUUACACGAUCACCGAUUCCUAUGUUUAUAUACGAUGGUUGUAAGGGAUAAUUGACUGCGGUUUUAAUAGUUUGUAAGAACACAUUGAAAGCAUAAUUUUUUACGAUGAUAUUAAGAAACUGGUCAGUAAAUUUUAUAUAAAGUAAUAAAUUUGUAUAAAAACGAUUGUCAGUCCACCUUUCGCUGUAUGCAAAAUUUAGAAUGAAUUACAUAUCUAUGUUCUCGAUGUAUUCUCCGAUCGUGCAAUGAAAUUCAUACACGUGAUGCGAUUAAUAUCCUAUAAUAUUCAUAGAUUUUAUAUUUUUUUAAACGUAUAAGAACUCUUAUUAUUAUUUAAUAGCAUUGACUGUUUCCUUAGAAAUUGAGGACAUAUACUCGGGAUAUUGUAUCGCGUUCACGUGAAUGAAUUUUGAUCGUUCUUUCUGAAUGUCUUGUUCUUUCGAGGGUAACUCUCAAAAUGGAUGUAACUUUACCAAAGAAUAAACGUUUCAGGAUCUAAAUUGACGCAUACCUCUCAGUUAUAAGUGAACGCGCAAAGAAUCUGUGUUAUAUGUAAUUUCAUAGUUGCGAUUGUGAAGUGCAUCGUAUAUUAAUAUAUAAUUGAUUAAUUAUGAUUGAACUUUCUGCUACGUGUGAACGUAGUACAUUACCUAUCUACUUCACCAAUGGUAUUAAUUACGUGUGCUCGAUUUAAGUGAUAAUUGGAAGAGAAAAACUUUUACGCGAGAAGAAUGGGCGAUUCUUAGUCUUCCUUACGAAUCGAAAAGAGUUAACUUUUAAAUUACAAGACGUUUAGACGCUGCUGCACUCAUACCAAAAGAAUGUUGCAUCUCUUGUCAUGCUCUAUAUUGUUUCUUGUAAUAUAGCGAAAACUUGUAAAUAACUUCCCGCCAUUCCGCGGGUGCGUAUUCUUGCCAGCCAAUCAUUCUCUUUCCUAUAGUGUAUAAUCUAAUCGUGAUUCUAAGAAGAAAAAUCCCAUAUACAUGUAAGAAAAGAGGAAUCUCUACGUGAAAGAUUAUUGAAGCGCGCACAUUUACGAGAUUUAUAUAGUAUAUGUAUAUACAUGUAUAUAUAUAUAUAUACAUAUACAUGUAUAUAUAUAUAUAUUUAACCUAUUCUUGUAUUCUAUCAUUUUUUGUACAGAACUACGCACUAGAGAUUAAUCGGAGCAAUUAGUCGGUGCUCGGGAUAUAUCAAUUCCGAUUCGUUAGGCCGUUUGGCAUCGCGAGAUGAGAUUUGAUAUUUUUAUAGUUCGCGAAUACAAAUUGAAACGGUGCGACUGGUACUAGCGAAUUAUCGUUUUUAAGUUACGUAUUACUGGGAAUUCUCUUUUGUAUUUUGCGAUAGAAGAUGAUAAGGCACCGAUCGAAACGACAAUGUUCAUUUUCACUUGUUAACGACACGUCUCGUUAGGCAACACAUCCGCGAGGGCAAUUCGAUUAUAUUCGAAUGUAAUUGUUGUUACCGUUUCUAAUAAUCGUUGCCACGUUUACGCAAAAAGUAAUCGCAAUAUAUUUUUUGAAUGCUGCAAUUUUGAAGUACGAUUUGCUGCAGUAGUUUGAGAUGGAUGAGAGGAACGUUAAUCGAUUCCAUCGUUCCUAGAGGAUAAUUUUUAGUUUUUGUGUACGUGGCUUUGUUGAAUAAAUUUUAAUUCUGUGAUGCAUUUUUACAUUAUCCUUGGUGCAACAUCAUCGAUUAAUCGAUGAUUCUUUUGGGGAAUUUGUUAGAAACAUCACUCGACUUGCAAGAGUACAACACUGUCACAUCCCAGGGGAUGGGGCCUUUGCUAUUUUUUAUAAAUAGCCAUGGUUUCGAGGGAUCGUGUUGGUAAGAUAAGAUAAUGAUAGAGUAAAGAGGAAAACGUUUCGGAGUCGCCAACCAUAUUCACGAGUAGAGGCUGCUGAUGGUGGCGACCCCUAGUGCCAGAUGCUUAGGUGGGAGAACAUGAAACUUGAAGCAAUUUAUAGGUUGAGCAUGAAAAACGGUCACCCAUCCUAGGACUUGUGGCCCGCUCACUGCUUAACCUGGGUGAUCGCCAUCGAUUCGUUAGUUGCUCCGUAUCCACUGCGACUUGUGAAAAUAAAUGUUUAGAAUUUGUAUAUGAGGAACAAACACUGCGGAGACUCGACACCAAAUGAGACCCUUAUCCCCAACAUGGUUGCUAGCCAAGGAGAGAGAUUGAAAUUGAAAUUAAAAUGAAACAAUGGGGACUUGAACGGGAAAAUCCGCAAUGACAUCGGAAGCCACAUUAUCAUCAUCGAUUAAUCGAUAAUUUUCUUGGCAUAAAUUUGUUAGGUACAAUGUUCACUCGAUUACAAGAGUACACUGUGUUACACGUACAGGUUGUGCAAAUUGCUUUAGAACUGAACAGUUCGCGAGAGAUUUGUUUCGUUUCUCUGACAACGAAACGUCGUUUCUUCAUUGUCGGUGACCAAAAGGUAUCUAAAAUUACAUAUCUAAAAAGUAAAACAUAUCCAAUGAAGUCGUUUGAUUCGUCUAUUUCUAAUAAAUGCGUACGAAACGUGUCAUCAGAAUUCGGUCAUCAAUGACCGCAACGAAGAAUUUGUAAAUAUUCAACAUCGAUAAAUAUGAAAUAGAAAAUAAAUAAAUUAACAUUCAAA